AUGCCCGUCAAAGGCGCCACGACCCGUCUCAACCCGGUCCGUCUGCAGACCAUUCCUCAUCUCCGGGUCCGUCGUCCGAAUCAACAUGAGCAGAACCCGUGCGUGACGGUGAUGUCUUCGAUGCUGAGCUGCUGGGCGUCUUCUGGAUACACGGCGGAGGGAUGUGCUGCUCUUGAGCAACAGUUGAGACAGUGCAUGGAUGCACCGAAACCCAAGGGCAACAAGAAGAACACCAUCAACUACCACCUGAUGAGAAUGUACCCCAAGGUCGUCGGCCCCAAGAAGAAGGAGGGCACCCUCGGUUAA